AUGCUACCUAAAAUUAGAAUUAUAUCAGUUAUUGCAUUUGUAUUUAUAUUUGUGUUGGCUGUGAAUUACUUUUACUUUUAUGGCGCCGAGAUCAAGCAAAAGGAAGAGAUGCAACAGCAGUCAGAGUAUGACAACCAAAAGAUCAGACAGUUGGAGCGUGCCAUCGAUGUCAUGCUGACAAAGAUCAACGAGUACAAUCUGACAUUGAGCCUGCCGCCAGUGCAACCGACGGUGCCGCCAACGGUGCCGCCAACAGAGCCACCCACAGAGGAGACCAUCAAGAAGAUGGCGCGUGACAUGGUGCAGGGAAGACUCGACCCGUUCGACGCGAACAACGUCAUCACCAGCAAAGACAUGCUCACCUACUUCAUCUCGAAUUUCAACAAGAAUCGCAAGGUUCUCAACGCAGACAAGUUCAAGCUGGCGCCGAAUCACAUCCCUAUCGUCAUCCGUGUUUUCAACAAGCCGCAGUACUUCAAGGUGGUUCUCGACUUUUACCGCCAGGUCGAAGGCAUCGAGGAGACCAUGAUUAUCGUCUCGCACGACGGUAUCUUCAAGGAGAUGUUUGACUUGGUCGAGUCGAUCGAUUUCUGUCAGGUCCGCCAAAUCAUUCAUCCAUACUCGUCGCAGGUGUUGUCAAACCGAUUCCCAGGAAAGGAUCCGCAACUCGCGCGUGAGCGUAAAGACGAGGACAACGGUAAGCCACGUAACAACAACGUCACCCCACUGAAACACCACUUCUGGUGGCAUCUCAACUAUGUGUGGGACGUCAUGUUGCCAGAGCACAAGGGCGACAUCUGUCUCCUCGAGGAAGACCACCUUCCAUCGUACGACUUUUACCGUACGCUUCUGGCGACACGUGAUCUCCGUAACAAAGAGUGUCCCGACUGUUUCGCACUCCAAAUGCAAGAGCCAUCGUUCAACGGUGACACACACGACCUUGGUAUCUGUCCGAACAUCGGUAACAUGGGUCUGACGUUCGACCGUCGUCGUUGGGAAAUCUUGCGUGGCGCCGGUGACGAAUACUGUAAUUUCGACGACUACAACUGGGACUGGACUUUGCAACACAUGAAAUCCGUCAACAAAAUCCCUGGUAAAUACUUUUUCACAUGCAAACCACGUAUCAUUCAUAUCGGUACCUGUGGUAUUCACGGUCGUGAUAAUAACAAUUGUGAAGUAACAAAAGAACAAAUUGAUCAAUACAAAGCAAGAUCGGAUGAAUUGAAAAGGGAUAAUGCACACGAUUGGAGUAAAUAUAAGAUUAGAGACUUUAUGAACACUAAUAAUGCCUUACAUUUCAGAGGAUACGAGUCAUGGGGACAAAUGGAUAGAGAUCAUUGCAAUAAUCAGAAAUUCGAUAUCUAG